AUGAGCUCCUGCAGCGGGUCUGUAAGGAGCUUCUAUGAUGACAAUGAAGUCACUCUUUUGGCAGAAAAUUUGGAUAGUUUCGAGGCCGAAUCAGCCAGUGAGACCAGUGAGGCCUGGUCAUACGACAAGCAGAAGCCGACAUCAAUAUAUGUUUCGUCCUCACGACACGCAAUCAAAUGCAUGCGUCAACUAGGUUGGCUGCUCCACGCAAUCCUACCUUCGUUCCUUCAAACAUGUUUGCAAAAAGAGUCUGGCCACAGUCAUCCAACGAGCUUGCAUGCUACAGCCUAUCUGGAUGGUAUGAGAGGACUGGCCGCUUUUGCGGUGUUCCUCUGUCAUUUGAGCUAUGUGACCUUCGAUAUCGGCCAUGUGUGGGGGGCUGGUGAAACGCUCCAGGAGAUGGAAGGCAACAUGAAUCUUUUACAACUCCCUAUCGUCAGGUUGUUCUAUUCUGGGCCACCUAUGGUCGCCAUCUUCUUCGUCAUUUCAGGUUACGCUCUGAGUUACAAACCGCUGAAGCAGAUGCGCAAGGGAGAAUUGGAAGGACUGAUGAACACUCUGACAUCUUCAGUGUUUCGACGAGCUCUUCGGCUGUUUCUGCCAUGCCUUGCAUCAACGUUCAUCAUUGUAUGUCUCGCACGACUUGGUGCCUACCAACUCACUGAAGACUUUGCAGAGGAUGUAAGAGCUGUACAUGAAGUGCAUUACGGAACCACUCCGGAUCUGUCGUCACAGGUCGUUGACUGGUCGCAGAAGAUGCUCAACUUCGUCAACGUGUUCGAUUGGUCAUUGUAUGCUGGUGCGAAUGACAUUGAUCCACAUCUAUGGACGAUACCUGUCGAGUUUCGGUGCAGCAUGGCACUGUUCGGCACCCAUUUAUUGGUGGCUAGAAUGUCAUCACUUACACGAAUCUCGACUCUGACUUUCCUGCUUGCUUGGGGCACAUACUGGAACAGAUGGGAGAUGAUACCCUUCUGGGCUGGAGCAGUCGUCGCCGAGCUAGACCUAAUCAAGUCUUCCAAGGAGGAACAGCUCAAAGAACUGACAGCUAGUGAUUACGACGACUGCAUCAGCUAUAGGUCGCUAUGGAAGAAAUGCAUGUUUAUGGGAGUAUUUGUCGUCGGCUUGUUCCUUGCAUCAUAUCCCGAUGCUGACGGACAUGUUUCUCCUGGGUACAUCAUGCUCACCAAGAUGAUUCCCAAGCGAUAUUCGGAGAAGCACCGGUUUUGGGCCAACAUUGGUGCCAUCCUAAUCGUAUGGAGUGCUGGCAACCUGUACUACAUCAAGCAAGUUCUCAAUACGAAACUCAUGCAGUAUCUUGGCACCAUCAGCUUCCCUCUAUACGUCUGCCACGGGUUUGUCAUACAUACCUUCACCUACAUGUCACUUGACUGGAUAUGGGAGGUUACUGAUGCUUACAAUGACUGGGCACGAUUCGUGAAAGGUUUCACGAUUGUGGCUCUGUGCACGAUCACAAUUGCUGUUUGGAUUUCUGAUCUGUUUCUCCGAUUUGUCGACGCCAGUACGGGUGCAUUCCUUAGCAAUGAGAAGCCAGCAAGAGAGCAUGCCGAGCAUGUGAUACUCCGUCGCAGAACACGAUAA